AUGGGUUUACUAGAUCAUCUCUGGGAUGAUACCUUUACUGGUCCUUGGCCGGUGAAUGGCCAUGGCAAGCUUCGGAAACACCAUACUUUUAGUUUCCGGCAAGGUUCCGUUAAUGAUCCAUCGAAUGGUGGAGAUUCACCAGAAGAGAUCAUGAAAGUAACACAAAGCAUUAUGAUAAUAAAAUCGCCAGGAUACCAAGGCGGUUCAGCUCCCAUUUCGCCGGCCGGUUCAACUACACCGGUGUCUCCUAGUCCUUUCUCUGGUGAUUUUUCUUAA